CCUUCCCUCCGUUGAGCUGUGGUCAGGGUUCUGGAACACUUUCGGUUUUGUUUCCUUGUCAGCAAACAAAACGAAACUAGCCAGAAACACCCGAGACCAGACCAUGGAGGAAGACGUCCAAGGGUGCGAACACUGCAAAAGAAGUGUGGCCUCUGCCCACUUCACCCUCCAUGAGGCCCAUUGCCUACGGUUCCUGGUGGUCUGCCCAGACUGCAAGGAGCCCAUCCCAAAGAGUGAAAUGGAGGAGCACUUCGAGACCAGCCACAAGGAGGUUAAGUGUACUCUGUGUCAGCAGAACAUGCAGAUGCAUUUGCUGGAGGCUCAUGAGGCCGAGGAAUGCCAAAUGCGCCAGGUCAAGUGUAAGUUCUGUGAGCUGCCCAUGAACUUCAGCAAGCUGGGGACCCAUGAGUACCACUGUGGCAGCAAGACAGAGCCCUGUCCAAACUGCAGCCACUACAUCUUGCUGCGAGAGUUGGCCCACCACAGAGACGCCUGUCAGGGGAAACAGGCUCAGCCCGGCAGAGGGAAGAGAAUAUCAGCUCCUCUGAGGAAAAUCAACUGUAAUUCUUGCAACCAAAUGAUUCCGGUAAAUGAGUAUCCCCACCAUAUGGAUAAAUGUUGUCCAGUCUCAGGGUUUGCAGAAUUGUCUCCAUUUGGAAAGCCAAGAAAUAUUCCACUAUUCCUUCCAAGUCAGACCACUGUAGGUCAAACUUCCACGGCACAGAAAGAUGUCCGUCCAAAGAUGAAAAAUAUAAACGGAUUUCCUCCUCUUUUUGAAAAUUCAACAAAGGAAGCACCAAGAAGCAAAAAGAAACUCUCAAAUCUGCCUUUGAAGUCUGAGCUCAAGCUCAGAACCACCUCUUCCAUAGGAGAUGAGUCAGCCUAUGACAUUCUGAGGAAGUGUUCUUGGUGUGAUAUUCUACUUCCCUUGCCAACCCUGAAUCAACACCAGAUAAAGCAACUGAGGCCCAGAGAGCAGAAGUGUUUGGGUCAAGAUUCUAAGUCACUUGGUGGCUUGCCUCCAGUAGAUCAAGGAGAAAUGCCGGUGGUUAGCAUCAUCGAAAGGAAAAUACACGAGAAAUUCCAGCUAGAUCUAGAAAAGAAAAGACAUUGAUUUGUCCAAGCGCUACAGAUAAACCAGGAGAAAACAGUCUCCAGUUCUUCUGCCUGACUAAGCACUAGGCCCUACAGCUGGGACACCUCAGGGAACCCAGCUUUGCCCCUGAAGAAUAAAAACCAUCCUCCCUGAA